AGUUCAUCAAAAAUUAGCGCCAGUUGCAGUGUUUCUUUUCCAUUUGACAUUGAAAAAUGUUUUUGAAAAAUAUGGAUAUAUGUCAUACAAAGAAAUGAUUCGAUUUAAAUGGAUUGGACAGUCAUAUGUCAAGUUUGCAGAUUAAGAACUGAAUUUAAAAUGUAAAAAUAAGCUUGCAAAAUUUUGACAACCAGUGAACCACCUUGCGAUAAAAAGGGUCAGUGUUUUGACCAAAAAUCUAAUUUUUUAACUUGAGGGAUAAUGAGUGAAAAAAGAGAAGAUGACAGCAGUGUCCGAGUUGCCGUCAGAAUUCGUCCACAGAAUGCCCGAGAGCGCAUUGAUAUGUGCCAGAUCUGCACGAAAGUGGUUCCUGGUGAACAGCAGAUGGUGCUGGGCAAGGACAAGGCCUUCACCUUCGACUAUCUGUUUGAUGUGAAGUCCUCACAGGAGGCCAUCUACAACACUUCUGUUCGCCAGCUUAUUGACGGGUGUUUUGAAGGUUUCAAUGCAACAGUGUUUGCUUAUGGCCAGACGGGGUCGGGUAAAACCUACUCCAUGGGGACAGGAUUUGACAUGGACAUCAGUCCGGAAGAAAUAGGAAUAAUACCACGGGCUGUCGACCAUCUGUUCAGUGGUAUAGAGGAUCUUCGCCAAACAGCCUUCGAAAAUAAUGAACCACCACCAGAAUUCAAAGUCAAUUGUCAGUUCAUGGAACUGUACAAUGAGGAAAUACUGGAUCUUCUGGACACUACAAGGGAUCCUGAAUCCAGGGGUCGGAAGUCUCACAUCAAGAUACAUGAGGAUGCUAAUGGUGGGAUAUAUGUUGUGGGAGUUACAACUCGCCAUGUCUCAUGCCUUGAAGAUACGAUGCAGUGCCUAAAGAUAGGUGCUUUGUCCCGUGCUACAGCAAGCACUAACAUGAAUGUCCAGUCAUCACGGUCACAUGCUAUCUUUACGCUCCACAUCAAACAAAACCGGAUGGUAAAGGAACAGGCACUGUUAGAAGACGGCAAAGAGACAGAUUCCACACAAACGAUUCCUGAGUUUGAGACUUUAACGGCGAAGUUCCAUUUUGUUGAUCUGGCUGGUUCAGAGCGCUUAAAACGGACUGGAGCCACGGGGGAUAGAGCCAAGGAGGGCAUCUCUAUAAACUGUGGUUUGCUUGCCUUAGGAAAUGUGAUAUCUGCUUUGGGUGACAAGUUGAAGAAAGGUUCUCAUGUGCCAUACAGAGACUCGAAACUGACACGAUUACUUCAGGACUCACUAGGAGGCAACAGUCGUACUUUAAUGAUUGCUUGUAUUUCACCAACUGACCGAGACUUUAUGGAGACGUUGAAUGCACUGAAAUAUGCUAACCGAGCUCGUAACAUUAAGAACAAGAUUGUAGCCAACCAGGACAAGGCUAGCAAACAGAUGGCAGCUCUGCGGGCAGAGAUUAUCACCCUCCAGCAGGAACUUGACGAAUAUAGAAUGGGUAAAAGAACAGUGGAUGCUGAUGGCGUGGAAAGCGUCAAUGACAUGUUCCACGAGAACAACAUGCUACAGAUAGAAAACGACAAACUGAGACAGCGUGUCAAAGCUCUCAACGACACCAUUGAAAGUGUGAAGGCUAGAAACGCUCAGCUUGUGGCCGAGAAAGCAUUGAUGACUAUUAGCAGUGAAAAUGGGGAUGUGUCAAAUGAAGAAGUGACAAACCUGAUAACUGGCUAUGUCAAGGAACUGGAAGAUUUGAGGACGAAAUUGGCUGAGGCGGAGGCCAUGGUUGCACAGCUUCAGAAGAUGAGUGCGCGAUCUCCCCGCUCUCCAUCACGGCAGGUGAUGAGCGCCAUGUCCACACUGCCAUCGUCCAGCUACAGCAGCUUUGACUUCCCACUCUCUCCCGACAAUUCAGCCGACUCAGUCCUGGAAAUUGCUAAGAAGCACGUCAGGAAACUCAGCAAGAAGGUUAAACGGUCUAAGUCUAAGACUCCGGAACAUGGUAGUGACAAAGAAAAUAUUAGUGAUGGCGAGAAAGAGUCCAAUGUUGCCGAGGUAACCAAUGGAGAUGUUGAACAUGUUGAAAGUCAGGAGAAAUCGGAAGAUGAAGAAACUGAACAGAUUGAGGAGACCGAAGAGCUAAUAGACGAUGAUGAAGAGGACACAACGGAUGAUGAAGAUUCAUCAGGAUCAGACUCAGAAGACAAAGACUCUGACAACAUCCACGAGGACCUGGCUGAGCUGACGUGUGAGAUCUCCAUCAAGCAGCGACUCAUCGAGGAGCUCGAGUCGAGUCAGAAGAAAUUACAUGUCGUAAAGAUGCAGUAUGAGGAGAAGGUCAUCCAGCUGCAGCACAAGAUCAAAGAGACCGAGUCGGAGAGAGACAAAGUCCUCUCUAAUCUAGGCAUUAUGGAGUCAACAUCGAUGGAGAAGCAGAAGAAGGUGAAGGAUCAGUACGAGAAGAAGCUGAACGACCUACAGUCGGAUCUGAAGAAAUUUCAGGCUGCUAGAAAAGAGCAUGCCAAGCUUGUCAAGAACCAGUCGCAUUACGAGAAGCAGCUGAAAACACUGCAACACGAAAUGCAAGAGAUGAAGAAAACUAAAGUGCGGCUCAUGAAACAGAUCAAAGAGGAUUCUGAGAAGAACAAACAGUCGGAGGCUCGACGGAACAAGGAGAUCGCUCAGCUGCGUAAGGACUACUUGAAGAAAGAUCAUCGGAUCCGCAACCUUGAGAGGGAAAAACAACAAAAAGAAAUCAUUCUUAGGAGAAAACAGGAAGAGGUUGAAACCCUAAGAAAACGACAAAAGCCAUUGUCAUCAAAGGCAGCUGGUAGAGUAGGGAAAUAUGACAAAGCUCCAACCAUUCCUAUAGCCCCAGUUGGUUCAUUGCUGCCCAGAAGACGAAGACGAAAUGAAUUUUCUCCAAAGGUUGCCAAACAGAAGUGGGAUACCAUUGAAAAAACAAUAUCAGCUGUGAUAACCAAGCGUCAGACAAUUGCCCAUAUGGAAAAGGACAUGGAAAUUUGGCUUAAGCAACGUGAAAAACUUGGCAAGAAACUAGAAAAGUAUAUGAAAAAAAGAGAUUCAUAUGUUGCUAAUAAAAAGGGACCUGAAGAAAUCCGCCAGUUGAAUGAUAUAAUAGAAGCUAUCAAUAACCAGGUGGAUUACACACAGGAGAACAUUGCUGAGUGUCAGACAAACAUUAUGCAAAUGGAAGAAGCAAAGGACGAGGAAGACAACGUAGAUGUUGGCACCUUAAUAACCACAGUGUCUUUUGAAGAGGCAAAAUAUCUGUUGGAACGUUUCCUUCAGUUAGCAAUAAGUCGGGGCAUGGCUCUGGCCCAGAAGGAAACGGAGGCUCGAGAACUGACGGCGAAGCUGCACCACACUGAGCUGAACAACACCCUUCAGCAGGAUCUGCUCAAACACAUGAUGGUCGACCACGUGGAGUUGGAGGUGGACAAUCUGCAGCUGGGAGAGGAUGUGGAUGAUAUGGACAUGGAUAGUUCAAGCAGUUCAGCUGCAUCGUCCCCUGCCGAUAGCAUGUUUGAAAGUCGUUUCAUCCAGCCUCCAGGAAAUGAACCCACUGUUGAUCCAAGCAAUAGAAAAACUAAGGCUCGAAGAAAAACCUCCACUCCAGAAGAUCUACUGUAUUCCGGAGGUUCGCAGGAGUUCUGUCCUCCCUUGGUCCCUUUGGUGGAAACUCCAGAAGAAGAAACCCAAGUGCUGAUUACGAAUGAUAACAUGAAUGCAUUACCUAGCAACAUCCUGAUGCCACCACCGAAGAUGCCUCCUCCAAAAGCUGUUAGCAAUAUUCCAAGGGCUAUCAGUGGUCAGAAGCUAGACCCUGGUCCAUCACCACUUCUGCGGAGAAGAGAUGGGAAGAAAAAUAGUCCUGAACCAUCGCCAGUGAUGAAGCGUAAAAACGUUAUACCAGUGGUGACCAUUGACAGAUAUGGCAGUCGCUCCAGUUCUGUAACCCGGCUGUACAUAGAUACUUUAUCUGAUACAUCCCCUCCAACAUCCCCAACUGCCAUCCGCAGAACAACUCGCAGUACUGAUGAGAAUGUGUUUUCUAGACUCACAAGCAAUACUCAGACAGCAUCACAAUCACAGCCAAACCAAAACAGAGGAAGUAUAGUUCCGUCCCUGCCGCGGCCUACCAGUGGCAGAUCAUCCCCUCUCACCUGUACACACACUGCCGAGGGCCACACCCGAGCUGUGCUCUCCGUGUUUGCUACCGACGAUCUCCUCUUUACUGGAAGUAAAGACCGAACAGCCAAAGCCUGGGAUCUUCAGACAGGGAAAGAACUGAUGACCUUUGGUGGUCAUCCGAAUAAUGUCCUCAAGGUUAAAUAUUCUGAGAUUACCAAGUUGGCAUUCACUGUAUCCCAGUCAUACAUUAAAGUGUGGGACAUACGAGACAAUGCUAGUCGCUGCAUCAAAACACUCAGCUCUUCAGGUUUGAGUACGAGUGGUUCACUAACCCAUGGUGCACGGCAGAUUGAGCUGGCCCCUGGGGAGCAUCACAUCAACGACAUUGUCCUCAGUGGUGACGGCAACACGCUGUACUGUGCCACAGGAAACAUUGUCAGAAUCUGGGACCUCAGACGGUACAGUGCAGUUGGCAAGCUGAGUGGCGGUCACCAGGCGGCCAUCAUGGUUUUAGCUGUGGACUGUGUUAACAAUUCCACUCUUGUUGUGACAGGAUCAAAAGACCACUACAUAAAGGUGUUUGAAGUGAUGGAUGAUGCAGCGGGUGUUCUCACACCCAAAUACAACCUGGCUCCACCUCAUUACGACGGUAUCCAGUCACUGGCUUUCCACGGCAACAUGCUGUUCAGUGGGUCACGGGAUGCGUGCAUUAAAAAGUGGGACAUUGUUGACCAGCAGUUGAAGCAGUCAAUCAAUUCUGCUCACAAGGACUGGAUCUGUGCGCUGGACUUCAUGCCUGGUAGCAAUGUCUUGCUGAGUGGAUGUAGAGGAGGAUUCGUCAAGCUCUGGCAGAUGGACUCGUGUACGCAGAUUGCCGAGAUUAAAGCACACUCCAGUCCAAUCAACGCCAUAGCAACAAAUUCAACUAACAUAUUCACAGCUUCAAACGAGCCCGUUGCCAAAGUGUGGCAGGUGCGUCGGUCUAGCAGCCAUAGACUGCAUCUACUGGAGUCUUUCAUCUGAUCAUCCUUCCAUCUGUCUUUCUGUCACAAUCACAUUGACCAGACUGUAGGUAUAUGGCGACCAAGGACAACUCCUGAUCCAUCCGACAGUUCCGAUAUGGGAGACGAGAGACAGGGUAUCAGUUCUUAAUCAAAGGGAGACAACUCUUCUCACCUUAGGAGUGGUGAAGAUGGAGGCAUUUUACUUUAUUUGUAUCAAAUAUUUAUUUCCUUAAUUCCUUUAAUUUGUUUAGAAUGGAAGCAGUUUUGAACUCGGUAUAUAUUAGUCUUGUAAUAUCAUAAAUCAUGUUGUGUAGGUCAAAUUAUUUUUCAAGUUAUUGAGGGUGCAACAAAAGUUUUAAUAUAGCACGAAAACCAUAACAUCAUUAUAUUGUGUAGAUACUCUUAACGUAAAAAAUUGGCUGACCAUGGUGAAGUUUGUGUCUAACACAUUUAUUGGGUCUUUGCUAAACUGUUAUUUUAUCAGCAACCUAUAACAACAGAUAUUAACAUUACUGGGAACAGUAUCCCACACAAAAACAGAAUUAUAUAAUAUAAAUCUUAAAUUUUUUUUUUUUUUUUUGAAAGUAUAGUGAUGAUUGUUAUAGUCAUAUACAUGGUACAAUCAUGGUUAUUCUUGAUUUUGAAAAACCCAAAACUAAUCAAUCUAUUAGAGCCAGAAGAUAUUGUCUUAAUUUAUUUUUUUUCAAAAUCGAGUAUGGUACAUGUACUAAAAAUGACACAUGGGUACUAUUUUAUGUUGUGAAUAUUCUGUACACAUUUUGUUUUAAAUGAAAUACUUAGUUUUUAAUGAAAUACUAUAUGAUUAAUGCACAAAUUGUGCCAGCCAAAAUGUGUUACAUUUAUCUAGUAGUCAGAAACAUAAAAAGGUGGAGAGUAUAACAUGUACAUUUCUGUAGUGGUCAGAAUUGUGGUUUUUUGAAGUGGAGAGAGCAUGCAUCUUCUGGAUCUAAUAUAUUGUAAUGUAAAACCGUUACUAUACUACGUUAUAUCUGCUGCAUGUCGUGGAAACUUCAUGGUCAUGUGUGGUUCCUCAGUGAUUACAUUACUUUAAAAGAUGUUUUACAGCUUGUUUACAGAAAUAAACUGUGAUUGUUACUGGAAGGUGUAUUAUUCUUGUCUAGACUUGCUCUAGUCUUGUUGUUGUUUACAGAUUACUAGUAUAUAGACCAUAAUUUUGUUCAGCUAUUAAAACACUUUUUUUAAAUGGUUUGCUGUAACAUAGCUGGCUUUUUUUCUUUUUUCUUUUUUUUUCUUUUUUUUUUCAAAUGAGGCACGUUCAGGAGGGCUCACUAGACUAGUUUUUGCGCUGAACAUUAGGUGAAUGUGAUGUGAUAGUCAAGUUGUUUGCGAGUGCUUGACCUCCUGAACACAUCACUGGUAUAUAAUGUUCUGUAAUGAAUCCACAUACCAUCUAAAGCAUUACGUAAUUGUUGAAUGGCCCUCAGCAAUGUUUGCUUAGUGUUAACCUGUUUCAUGCACACAGACUAGAGCCAGUCUAGGGUCAGUUUGUGUGCAUUGUGUGCUAGCUAGCUUGAGAAAUCCAACAAGUUGGGACGUUAUUUAUCGCGACUGUUAAAACCAACAAUAUACAUGUUAUAUAUAUGUAACCUCAUGUCUCAGUUUUAUUUAUUAAUGCCCAGGGUAUGGAUUGUGAUACAAGAUUGUUUUCUUAAUACAGUCUUUGUUAAGAAAAAGAAGAAAGAAAACAAAAACAUGAAAUUCCUAACUGCCAUUUUUUUUCACUAGGUAGUGGUUAUGGUAUGUGCUGUCCUGUCUGUGUCUGUGUGGGAAAAGUGCAUGUUUAUAAAGAUUCCUUGCAGUUAAUAAAAAGAUAAAGAAGAAUUCCUCUUAAAAAAUAUGUAUUAUUAUCAGAAUUAUAAAAUGUUUGACAUUCAAAUUCUGAUGAUUGAUUAAUCAAUGUGUUCUGUUGGUGGUGUUAAAAAGCAAACAUUAAAUUUAGUACCAGUAAGCUAUGUUGCAAAAUAGUGAUAUUGUACCUUUACACUAUUUGACAAGUUCAACAUAGAUCUACUGUUUGUGCAUUAAUUUGUCAGAAUAAAUGGGGUGGGGUUUUUUUUAUAUAUAGUGCUUCAGAUCUCGAACAUGCUCAGGACCAAGUAAAGAGUCUGAUUUUAAUGUGUAUCCAAUUUAGAGAGGAUAUAUUCGGUACUGUCAUUUGAAAAGGGGCCAUGAAAAACAUCCUGUUUUGAAUCGGUUCAGUUUAUUGAGGAUUUGGUUUUGAGGGAUUUCCUUGUUUUGUUAGCAAGAUCAUAAAUACAGUUUGAGAAAUGCUAGUAUUUUUUUGUAUUAUUAUUAUUUUUUUUUUUUUGUCAUACAGUUGAUUCUGACAUGCUAUCAAAUAUCUUAUUGAUAAAAUUAUUCCUUACUGAUUAAAAUAUCACACAUUCCAUCAGUUGGCAUGGAUCUCAAUUCUAUUUCAAAUUCUAUUUUUACUCCCAGUUUGUUCCUGUAUUGUAAAACUGUCUCCAUUUUGUUAAUGGUGGUAUCCAGGGUGGCCCAGCCAGUCUCACUUGUAAAUAGCUGUGUACAAACUUAUGUGUGUAUAUAAGGUCACGGGUAUUGGGUCUUUUUGUUUUCUCUGUGGACAAUUCCAGAUGUUUUGGGAUCAAAACUAUUACGCUUUUUUGUUUUUUCGUUAUGUUUGUUAAACAAAAUAUGUUGUCUUCCUCUGAACUCAGGUGAUAUUGCUGUUCAAAUUCUGUUCCAUUCUGUAUUAACAUGAAAAAUUAAUAUUCAGUGUCAUUCAGAAAAAAAUCCUUCACUCAUUUUUUUAUGAAGAGUUCACAAUAACCACCUCCAUCCUUUUUAAAGCUCUGGAAAUAAUAUUUGUUCUUCAUGUAUAUACAACUGAAGUUUUAAAAUGUAUGUACAAUUUUUAUUUUUACAUACCAUACCCUCAAAAUUUAUUAAGGAUCACCUGUAUUUAUUAUUAUAAAAAAAAAAGUUGUAUUUGUUGUAGGUGAGGGAUCAGCUGGUGUGGCGAAACCAAUUUCAAUGUCAUACACAGAGGAGCAGUAUUGUUCUUAUCUGUAUUGGUCUUCAACUGUGAUCGCCCAAAAUACUAUUUUCAGGAAGUAACAGCUGAUCUUAUGCCUUGUAGAAGGUUUUUGUCCUCUCUAAAAAGACCUUUCUUGCUAUUUGUCUUUCAUUAGCCAUUUACCUGGAGCACAUUUGUAUUAUUUGAUGAUUAAUUCAUGAACCUGGGCAAACUUUGAGUGGAAUAUUAUGCUGAAUUUUUUACAAUCAGAUUGGCCACAAUUGCAUGGAGUGUAAAUGUAUUUCUGAUUAUAAAUGGAACAAAAUGGAACAGACUUUUGAACAUAGGGCUGUGUGUUAUUGGAGUGGUUAUUUCUUGAUAUAAAGUAAACCGACGUUGCUUUAAUGUUGAGAAUGAUUAUUUGGCUGAGUUGUCUGUCUUGAAUGAAACAGCAUUGCGUAAAAGACAUUUAUCUGUUAGUGUAAGCCUGCUUAUAAUAUAUGUUGAUAUCAUAAACAAUAAAAUAAAUAUUUAUUCUUCAUUUUGAAGGGCAUUCCCUCCAUUUAUCAUCAUACUUAAUGUUCAGUGGAAGGAAAUGUGUAUUCUAGUGAAUCUUGUCAAAUGCAGUUCCUACUUAAAUCCAUUGUAUCAUGUAAAACAAUACCGAGGAGUAGUAGACAUUUAAUUCCUAUAGCAAUGUUCAGGUGAGAGGAAGCAUAUGCAGUCAUUUAUGGUUAUAUAUUAUUUGCUUUUGAGUGCAUUCUAAAUUCUAAAUUUGCCUUCUGUAUUUAUAAUGCUUGGUUGUGGAACAGAUUAUGACACACAUGUAUUUAGAAAAUGAAAUUUGUAAAACUUGCAGCUAGAUUUACCUAAAUCUAGGAUAAACACAUGUAGAUCUGCAUUCUCCCCCAGUUAUGAAAUAUAGGGAUCUGAUUGGGUUUUUUUUAAAUUAUUAACACUGGGGUUUAUUUGGAACCUGUAAGCAUGCUAGUGUCCUAAGUGUAAAUCAUGUUUUACAUAUACAUGUAUGUGUCUGUUGAAACAGCGUUUGUGUUGUUGUAUAAUCCUUAAAGGAAUUCCAGUUUCAUUCUUAUGCGUUAUGCUAUUUAUCAGGUUAACAUACACUCAUGUACAUGUAGGUUUAUUUAUUCUAGUCUUAAAGUACACAUGUACCUCAUAAUUCAUAUUUACAAGUCACAGAUUAUUGUACUAGUGUAUUUAAUCAACAAACUGUAAUUAUUAGAUGCAACAUCAUCUACAAGUCUAAGAACAUGCAUACCAAUCAAUUAAACAGUCUGUGUAUUGAAAUACUGCUUAAACAAUUCAUUAGAGUAAAUAUAAUUAAAGUUUUGUGAGGUUUUCUUCAACUAGAACCUGCUCUGGAAAUUAUCACACCAGAGAGAGAGAGAGAGUACUCUUUUAACAUGCCCCUAUACCACUACGGUUUCGGACAUGUCUAGCCAGUGAUCUGGUCCGGGACAGAUCACACCAGAACAAUAAAAACAAAGCAAAAAUGUAUUUAUAUUUUUCUGUUAAGACAUUUGUGUUAUUGUUAUAUAAUAUUGAGUCUGUCUGGACAUAUGUUCAGUCACAUGGUGUAUCCAAGAAUAUGAGGUACUCCAGAAUGUUUCUUUUAAGUCUAAAAACUAACCCUAAUGUUUGAAAUGAACAAAUAAUCAAGACUGGGUACUUCAGCUGCAAUGAAAAUACCCUGCAGCCAGAAUAUUUUAUAUCCGGAAAGUAUCAUCAUGUUUCCCCAUUUGAUAUUAAUUUAAAGGACCAUGUGCUACGCUCACUGUUGGUUAGAUAUCUAUGUCGGGGUCACUCAGGUCCACAUAUUAGGGCAUUCACUUGGGAGAUUUGCCAAUAUGAACACCCAUAAAGUGGGCAAAAUACACAGCUAUAUUGUAAACAUCAUUUGCAGUGCUAUAAAUAUUAAAUGUUGUUUGUUUUGUUAAAAAAAAGAUUUGUUAGCAAACAUUUUCAUAUAAUAGGGCUGUCCCAGAACUGUUAAUGGAGAGGAGCAGAGGUAAAAAUUAUCCAGAUUUUAUUACUACCUGAAAACUGUUCCUAUUCUUUAAAGAAAAGCUCACAGGAACCCCUCUACUUUCAAGAACAGAAAUUGUGCAUGGAGUUCUAUACUCUGGAAAGUGACAUUUGGGUUAUGCUCAUCCUGAAAGUUCAUUGAAAAAGGAGAAACUUUUAUAGAGCAGGGUGGGUUUGUACCUCCAACUCACCAUCCCCCAUACAUGUUUCUGAUUUUUUUAAGAACCGUGAAUGUUCCCAAUUCAUGGGGGUGAGGUGGCAGGGCUGUCCAAUAUAAUUUUUGUAUCUGAUGUAAAGAGAAGGUAAGAGUCACAAUGUAAUAAAAUGUAAUUCUUUUAGUUUUACCUGGUAUUUACAUGUAUAGUUUUAUUUUAUUUUGUAAAUGUUAAAAUCUGGCAGCUUCAGAAUUCAUCUCAGAACCUCUCAACCUCAUUUGAUGAUGCCUGGUACAGCCCAACGUUUGUCAACUUUAUUCUGUAGUAUUUCACUCUAUUUGAUUAAACAUAUUUCAUUAAAUAUUACAAACGUUUAUACACAUGUUGCCAAAAAUAUAUGAUUUUUUUUUUCUUUUGUAAAGUUGGGUUUGGGUAUGAUAUUUUUAGGCAUGUGAUAAUAAAAAGAUUUAACAAUAUGCUGAUGUUCCAGCUUUAGAUUGGUGCUGUGUAAAAUAACUAAUGAAAUAAAGAUAUUUUCAUACUCAAA